AUGCUUACCAUCCAGAGAAAGAGAAAGACUGAGCAGACGGGAAACUACCACAUCAUGGAGGCUCCGAGCGUAAUGGCUGCUCUUGUCCUGCGCAAGCUGCGUGUCAUCGAGCCGCAGCAGAACGACACGUCGACCCCUCUGGUCAUCAAAUACCUGCAUUAUCAGCUAAUAGAAGAUAAACCUGUCAGGACGCCGGGUGCUCAAUGCGAAAGAAUUGAAGAGAAGACGGAUCGGGCAACAAAGAGGCAGUGGUCAGGGCCGGAGUAUGCGAGCAGUCCUCAAGUGACUCCAACGUCAAGGAGCCUGAAGGGUGCUAACAUCUCCUUGAGGCCGGGGAUAUUCCGAUCGUGCCAUGACUUGCCUCCUAUUGGAUCGUCUACCCUCGAUCACACCUAUAUUAAUCCGUACUCUGUAGCCCCUGUUCACAUCCAUCUACGUGACAGCUGGGAGAUACAAGGGGGAAAUCCAGGACCCUUGAAGGUGCCGAGCAUCUCAGGGUCAAUGCACUACUGCGAGUACUUGCAGAACUGUGACCCGGUCAAGUUGUAA